AUGCCUCAUCAUUAUUGCAAGGCCCCUCAGCUUAAUGAUUACUUGAAAAAUGUUUACUUUAAAACGACCUCUGGGGAAGAGAUUUUCUUCAACGAAAAAGGAUAUGUUCCAGGAAGAUUUGAUAUCUUAAACUGGGUGAUUCAUACAAAUGGAACUAUCAAGAAAACCAUUAUUGGUAGUUUUUCCUCCAUUGAUUCCAUUGAUCAGAAAUACCUUAUUUAUGAUAAUGCUAUUAUCUGGAACCCUUAUUUUAAUCAGACUCCUACUUCCAUAUGCAGUGAGAUCUGCUCUUCUGGUCAUAGGAAAAUUCCUCAGACUGGAAAACCAUCUUGCUGUUUUUAUUGUGUACCAUGUUCUGAUGGUGAAAUUGCAAACUCAUCAGGUAUGGAGAACUGUGAGAAGUGCCCUGAAGAUCACUGGUCUAAUCCCGCUAGAAAUGAAUGCAUCAGACGCACUAUAGACUUUCUAUCCUAUGAAGAUACAUUGGGCAUGAGUUUAGCGUGCUUUGCUUCCAUUUUUCUUCUGAUCACAAUUGCAGUUUUGUGGAUUUUUAUUAAACACAGGGACACUCCCAUAGUUAGAGUUAAUAAUCGUAACCUCACCUACAUCCUGCUUGUGGCCCUUAUUUUAUCUUAUGUCUGUACAUUUUUGUUUAUUGGAAAACCUGUGCAGCUAUUGUGUCGUCUGAGACAACCGACCUUUGGAUUUGUUUCCACUGUUGCAAUUUCUGCUAUUCUUGGGAAAACAAUGACAGUUGUAAUUGCCUUUAAUGCCACAAAGCCUGGAAGUAAAUUAAAGAAACUGAUGGGAUCUAAGAUGUCAACUGCACUGGUUUUUGUCUGCACCUUGGGGGAACUUGUGAUAUGUUUUACUUGGUUAUCAUGUUACCCACCAUUUGUGGAUAUUGAUAUAAAGACUUCACCUGGAUCAAUAAUCCUGCUGUGUAAUGAAGGUCACAUCAUUGCAUUCUUUCUGGUGGUUUCAUACAUUGGAAUAUUAGCGUUAUUUUGCUUCAUUAUUGCCUUUUUAGCACGAAAAUUGCCGGACAGCUUCAAUGAGUCGAAAUACAUUACCUUUAGCAUGUUAGUGUUUUGCAGUAUCUGGGUCUCCUUUAUCCCAUCAUACCUUAGUACUAAAGGCAAAUAUGUUAUAGCUGUAGAAAUAUUUAGCAUUCUAGCCUCCACUUCUGGUGUUUUGUUAUGUAUAUUUGCACCUAAAUGUUAUAUAAUAAUACUGAAGCCUCAGCUCAAUAGCCGAGCACAAAUUAAUGUUAAGAAGCAAUCUAAGUAA